UAUUCCGGAACCAUUAUCUGUGUUCAGUGUUUCUGAAGUGUUCGUUGAAGAAGCAGAUUUCCGGUGUCAGUGUCACACGUGUUUUGGAACUACUAGAUGAAGAAGGUGUAAGAGCUUCGUUUUGGAACAUAAAAUCACAGUGUUAUCUGUACUCAGAGAAUAAAUUGGUCAUGAAGGAGGAGAAGCAGCAGCACAAAAUACACCAAAAGAAACACAGUGGCCCCAAGGCCGAAAGAAAGAAGAGAAAGAGACAACAGGAGCAGCAGGCUGGCACCAAUGAGGAAGAUGGAAGGAAGAGAAACCCCAAGGCAUUUACAGUGCAUUCAGCAGUGCGUAUGGCUCGCACUUUCCACAGGACUCAAGAUCUUAAAACAAAGAAGCAUCAUGCACCAAUAGUGGAUCGUUCACCUCAAGAGCCUCCUCCUAUUCUUGUUGUUGUUGUUGGUCCUCCUCGUGUGGGCAAGAGCACACUGAUCCGCUGUCUGAUUAAGAAUUUCACAAAGCAAAAACUGACUGAAAUUAAUGGACCAGUUACCAUUGUAUCAGGGAAGAAGAGGCGUCUCACAUUCAUAGAAUGUGGAAAUGACAUCAGUACCAUGAUUGACUUGGGCAAAGUGGCAGACCUUGUACUAAUGCUGAUUGACGCCAGUUUUGGAUUUGAAAUGGAAACCUUUGAAUUUCUCAACAUCUGCCAGGUGCAUGGUUUCCCAAAGAUCAUGGGAGUGCUGACCCACUUGGACUCAUUCAAGAAUAAUAAACAGCUCCGCAAAACCAAGAAACGUCUAAAGCAUCGAUUCUGGACAGAAGUUUACCAGGGUGCCAAGCUGUUUUACCUCUCGGGAAUGGUACAUGGCGAGUAUCAAAACCAAGAGAUCCGUAAUCUUGGUCGCUUCAUUUCUGUCAUGAAGUUUCGGCCACUGGUAUGGCAAACAUCACAUCCUUAUGUUCUUGCUGAUCGAAUGGAGGAGCUGACUGACCCAGAGGCUGUUCGACUAAAUGUGAAGUGUGACCGUAAGAUUUCCUUGUAUGGAUAUCUCAGAGGAGCGCAUUUGAAAAACAAAAGCCAAAUCCACAUUCCUGGUGUUGGCGACUUCACUGUGAGUGACCUGAGCUUCCUCCCAGACCCCUGUCCUCUUCCUGAAGAACAGAAAAAGCGUGCACUUAAUGAGAAAGAAAGGCUGCUUUAUGCUCCAAUGUCUGGAGUAGGUGGUGUGGUCUAUGAUAAAGACGCAGUGUAUAUUGACCUGGGUGGAAGCCAUGCACAGGAGGAGCCUAGACCUUCAACAGAACUGGUGCAGUCCCUUAUCAGCACACAUUCUACCAUUGAUGCAAAGAUGGCUGUCAGCAAGGUAUCACUCUUCAGUGGUUCUGCCGCACUACAGUCUGAUGAGCUGCAGGAUGAGGAGCCAUGCCAGGAGAACCCCAAAGAAGAGACUAUUUGGGAUCCUGAAAAAGGAAGAGUUCGACGAAGAGCUAUGUUUGCUGGUGAGAAUCAGGAAGAAGAUGAUGACGACAGUGAGGAAGACAGUGAUGAUGAUGAUGAAGAAAAUGAAGAUGAGGAUGAUAUGAGUGAGGAAGAGUAUGAGGUAGAUAAAGAUAAUGACAAGGAAGUGUCAGAUGCAGAAGAAUGUGGACCACUCAAGCGACGGAAACUGAAGGAAGAUGUAGAAAUAGACGAAGUAUUGGCUUUUGCGGAUAGUGAUGAUGAGUUGGAGAAGAGUGAGCAAGAGAGUAGUGAUGAUGACAGUAUUUUGAGCAAUGAAAACGUGUGUAAGAACAAAAGGCAAAUUGCUGUUCGAGAUUCUGGACAUUGCACUGAUGAGGAACUCCAAGGUUCAGAUGAAGAACAUAAUUUAAUGAAACAAGCCAAAGUCAACAUUAUAAAGUUAGAGUCUUCUGAAAGUAAAGAUGAUGAAGAGAUGUGCGUUGAAACUGCUGGUGCUCUUCACUGGAAAGAGGGGCUAGCUAAAAAGGCAGCAGAAGCAUUUUUUCGGCAACAGCAGAUAGCGCCCAACUUGCGCAAACUUGUUUAUGGCAAAGUAAUGGAUGAUAAAGAAGAGGAAGCAGAAGAGGAGGAGAUAGGUGGGCUCUUCCACGUCAGCCGUCCUAAGGCACAGAUGAGGUGCAGAGCCAAUGGAAUAGACUGUUCUCGCUACCCUGUAGACACAGACCGUGAUUGGGAUUGUGAAGAGGUGCUGGACUCUAUUAGGGACUGCUUUGUUACUGGAAAUUGGGACAAGAAUGAAGAUGCUGCAAAGCUACUGCAAGAAGAUGAUGAGCUUUAUGGUGACUUUGAGGACCUUGAGACCGGUGAGGUACACCAAGGGGAUACUGAUAAGGACAAAGACCAAUCUGAUCAGGAAGAUACUGGAGGUGAUGAGGAUGAGAAAGAGGAAGAAGAAAAGGAGAAAGCAGAAAAAAAUGAGCGUUUAGAUAAAAAGAAACGUCUAAAGGAGAAAUUUGAUUUAGAGUAUGAUGAGGGGGAAUCCACCUACUUUGAUGACCUUAAAGGAGAGAUGCAACGCCAAGCACAGUUAAACCGAACCGAGUUUGAGAAUGUGGAUGAUGAGACCAGAGUGCAGUAUGAGGGAUUCCGACCUGGCAUGUAUGUUCGCAUUGAAAUAGAGGGUGUGCCCUGUGAAUUUAUUUCCAACUUUGACCCAAACUACCCCAUCAUCCUUGGGGGACUUGGCAAUCAGGAAGGCAGUAUAGGAUACCUGCAGAUGCGAGUAAAGAAACAUCGAUGGUACCAGCGGAUUCUAAAAACACGUGACCCACUGAUUCUGUCUUUAGGCUGGCGUCGUUUUCAGACCAUUCCACUUUACUACGUUGAAGAUCAUAAUGGACGUCAGCGACUUCUUAAAUACACCCCACAACACAUGCAUUGUGGAGGUGCCAUCUGGGGACCCAUCACUCCACAGGGCACAGGUUUCCUUGCAAUACAGUCAUUAGCUGGAGGCAAGGCUGGAUUCCGAAUUGCAGCCACUGGCGUUGUUCUAGACUUGAACAAAUCUGUUACUAUAGUUAAGAAGUUGAAACUAAUUGGUUUCCCAUAUAAGAUCUACAAGAACACUGCUUUUAUUAAGGGGAUGUUCAAUUCCAUUUUAGAGGUGGCUAAAUUUGAAGGAGCAAUCUUGCGAACAGUAAGUGGGAUUCGUGGGCAGAUUAAAAAGGCCUUGCACACUCCUGGGGCCUUCCGAGCCUCUUUUGAAGAUCGAUUGCUUAUGAGUGAUGUAGUAUUCCUAAGGUCCUGGUUUCCUGUGUCUGUUCCUCAGUUUUAUAAUCCUGUUACCUCACUGCUUCAGCCAGUGGGUGGGAAAGAUAAAUGGAAUGGGAUGAGAACAGUUGGCCAAUUGCGUCAUGACCUUCAAAUGAAUUUACCCCACAAUAAAGACUCGCUUUAUAAGCCAAUCAUCCGAAAGAUGCGCCACUUCAAUCCCCUACACAUACCCAAGGAUCUACAACGGAUGCUGCCAUUCAAAAGUAAGCCAAAGCUCCAAGAAAAGAAAGGCAAUGUGCCAAAAAAUCUACAAAGACCAGCAGUCAUUAAAGAGCCACAUGAAAGAAAGAUUGCAUCACUGUUGGUGGCCCUUGGUACUGUACAUAAUUACAAAAAGAAGGCAGCACAGGCCAAACAUCAUGACCAGCGUAAGCAGUUUUUCAGACAGAAGCAAGGAGAGGAAGCUGAUAAGAUGAAGAGACAAAAAGAAGCCAGAAAAAAAAUAUACAGAAUAAUCGGACAGAAGGAGAAAAAAAGACAGAAGUCCAGCCUAAAGGGUUCUGGUCACAAGGAAUAAACUGGUCACUUAGGAGAACUGUUGUUGGAUUAUUAUGUAAAUGUAUUAAUGCUGCAUAAACUUACAGAAUAUGGGAACAAUUCUAUAAGUCAAGCCUUGUUGUUCUGUUACAGACUGAUGAACAUGAAUGAGGCCCCAAUACUCUUUUUUUAGAAAAUGUUUCCUGAGUACUUUUUAAGCAUUGAAAACUUGUAAAAUAAACCCUGUUGUUUCCCCAGAUUAUCCUUGGGUGUAACCCUUCCAGCAUUUUUUAUUCACACUUUCUCUUAAUUGAUCACAUUUUUGUUGUACUAAUUACUGUGUAUUUAUCACUGACAUUGGUUGGCCAAUGAUAAAAAGGUAUAGGAAAAAUUUAUAAACACUGAUUUUAUUGAUCCCAUUUGGUCAGAAAUUCUUUCCCCUUGUAGCUUCAAACACAAUGGAAGAACUAAUUCUGGACACAUCACAGGGUGCACACAAGGCAUACUCAAGGCCACACCCAUAACCUUUAAGAAACAACUCUUUGAGAGUAAAACAAACACAUACACAGGGAGAGCAUGUAAAAUCUGCUUUGAAGUGACAAGGCUAUUCACUUUAACAUCCAGUUGUAAAAUAAAGGUAGUAAAGGAUAUCUGCUACACAAAAACCACUUUAAAGUAUUUCUUGACAUUUAUUUAGCGAAUUGAAAGCAGUUAAAAUUAACAGGGCGGUAGGUGAGCUAACAGAAAUCACUAAUCAUCUAGUUGUUGAACUUAGACAAGUUUGAUUAGACUAAAGAAGAUCAUAGUGUAUGUGUCUAAAAAUGUAGUAUCUGUAUAAACAAUGUUUUUCUCAUAUAAACAGAAUAGUUAACUUUCAUAAAUAAUUUUGGCAAAUAUUUAUUGGCAUUGCUUGCCAUGCUGUGCUCAUGUAUUUAGCCCAUUUUACAAAGGCAGGCCAUUCCAGCAUUUUGCUUUUAACUUAGUACAUCAAAGUCAUUAGUGAACAAAAUGCAGAGUUGAUACUGGUUAAAUCAUGUAAAAUUGAAAAUUCUCAUAAAGGUCUAGUAUAAGUCCUGUCAAUUUUCAACCUUUCGUUAAUGUGUGAAGAAAGCUGCUGGGGUUAGCCCACAAAAUAUAAUGAUUUAUACUUUAAAGCAUCUUAAGUACCUUGUGACUUCUCACAAAACAUCUCAGUUUAUUUUGCAUGGUUUAGCUAUUUGGAAACUGUCUGAACACAAGAAUAAGAGAGCUACAGUGUACACAAGUUGAAAAGGAAACUGAUUUCACCUUUCAUGAAUAGCAGUGUGGGCAACUUGUAAAUCUGCUGAAUGUGUGUAAUGAGACGGGGUUCAAGUACAAAGCUGAAAUCUUUCAACCUUUUUAGAUAGUCACAGGGAUAUUAUGCAACUUGUAGUAAACCCAAGGCUUUUGCUUUUGACUCUGUCUCAGACCUGAAUAGUCAACACAAAUGAUAUUCACAUGGGAAAUUUCAGCUCUUCUUAAAAAAUGAAUAAGCUUGUCCUACCUAAUUCAUUGUGUAACCUUCUCAUAUAUUGACUUUUAUGUUGGCAAAUGCAAUAUUUCCAGCUUGUACGUUGCUGAUUAACUGUACUGAGUGGAGACUUCUCUUUUCUGUUUGAGUGUUAGCCCAAGACUGUUAUUUCUAGUGAUAAAGAUCAUGAUCAGUAUAUAGAAUUUUGAAGUUUAAUAAUGAAAUAAUUAUUCCAAAAUUAAUGAUCGGAUUGUUUGAAAGAAUAAUUUUAUGCCAUUGUGUUUAUUGUUAAUUUCUCUGUGAAUUGUGCUGUUUAUGGCCUUUGUACAUACUUGAUAUCAAUGCUGUAUAUAAAUAUUCUUCUUAAUUUAGCAUUUUUGAGAAGCAUAAUAUACACUUUAAUUUUGGGAUUCAUACAUAAAUGCCUUCAAAAAUGCUCCUUUCAUCUAUGUCAUAGUAAUUUAUAAAGACACCCUCACUAAAUGAAUAAAUUAUAGUUAACUAUGCCAUUGAUUUAAUGCUAUGUUUAAGGUCAUUGUCAUGCUGUGUGACUUAACAUUUUGAGCUGCAGGUGAUACAUGCCCUGUUAUUCUCUUGAACAAUUUCCACGUCCAACCUGGAAUUUAUUUUCCUCCUCAAUUAUUUCAGGCCAUCCAGCAAAACGUCCCCAAACUUCUAUCUUCUCUACUAUGCUUCACGGUUGGAGUUAGGAUUUGGAGUUCUUUUGCUGUAUUUAUUCAAACAUUGUGUGAAAGCCUUCAAUUCUUGUUUCAUCUGUCCACAGUGUGGUGUUCUGUAGGGUUAUGGAACAUUGGAGAGCAGUCAGUGCUUACCAAUAUUAUGUGCACCACUAAUCUAUUAUGCAGAUCUCUUAUGUUAAGAAGUUUUUGGUUUUGUUUUUUUUUUUUUUUUCGUAAACGCAUGGAGACAUUGUCAAGUCAAAGAUUAACCUACAGAUCCUUGCACGUUAUUUCUGCAUGAUGCCAACUCUUACCAACAAUAGGAGCAUUCAGGGCUGUGAUGUCGGAGUAAAAGCAAUUAUUGGAUUACCAGUGUUAGAGCUGAUAAAAAUGUCCCAAGUUUGACUAAAUAUAAAUUGUAAUGUAAUGUUUUAAAAUUUCUAAUUUCUGAUUUAACUAUCUUCUCUUCUAGAUAUUUGAUAAAAAUAUGCCUAUCUUUAA